AUGGCUUUUCGUUGGCUUCUCUUUCUCCUCUCUUUUCUCGUCUUAUUAUCAUCAUCAAAAUCAACGCCAACAACCAUCACCAUCCCUCUAUCAGCUCCGAGCUCCACCAAACCGAUCGUAUUCUUAAAGGAUCCAUGGGGUACACUCAAUCACCUCGCUUCUCUCUCUCUCACAAGAGCCCACCACAUCAAGUCCCCAAAAACCAAUUUUUCUCUCAUCAAGAUCCCUCUUUUUCCACGUAGCUAUGGUGGCUACUCCAUCUCUCUUAACUUUGGUACUCCUCCACAAACAACCAAAUUUAACAUGGACACUGGUUCUAGUCUUGUUUGGUUUCCUUGUACCUCUCGCUAUCGUUGCUCAAAAUGUGACUUCCCAAGCAUUAAAAUAACGGGAAUCCCAACCUUUAUACCAAAACUAUCAUCCUCUUCAAAGCUCAUUGGUUGCAAAAACCCCAAAUGUUCAUCCUUUUUUGGCCCCAAGAUUCAAUCUAAAUGCCAAGAAUGUGACCCCACUUCCCAAAACUGUACUCAAACUUGUCCACCUUAUGUACUUCAAUAUGCUUCAGGCUCCACAGCGGGACUUCUACUAUCUGAAACUCUCGAUUUUCCAGAUAAGAAAACCAUACCCGGUUUUCUUGUCGGAUGCUCCAUUUUCUCCAUCAGACAACCCGAGGGGAUUGCCGGGUUCGGUCGGAGCCCCGAAUCACUCCCUUCACAAUUGGGUCUCAGGAAAUUCUCUUACUGUCUAGUACCUCACGCUUUUGAUGACACUCCAGAAAGCAGUGAUCUUGUUUUGUAUUCCGGGUCGGGUUCGGGAGAUACCAAGACCCCCGGGCUUAGGUACACACCCUUUCAAAAGAAUUCAAACAAUGCAUUUCGAGAUUACUAUUAUGUAUUGCUGCGUAAGAUUGUCAUAGGGGGCACACAUGUUAAAGUGCCGUACAAAUUUCUGGUCCCAGGAUCAGAUGGUAAUGGAGGGACUAUUGUGGACUCGGGGACAACAUUCACAUUCAUGGAGAAGCCAGUUUAUGAGUUAGUGGCUAAGGAAUUUGAGAAGCAAAUGGCCAAUUAUACAGCAGCCACUGAAGUUCAGACUCUGACCGGUUUAAGGCCUUGUUUCAAUAUUUCUGGUGAGAAAUCUGUUUUUUUCCCGGAUUUGAUUUUUCAGUUUAAGGGUGGUGCUAAGAUGGCAUUACCUUCGGCAAAUUAUUUUUCAUUUGUUGGUACUGAAGUUAUAUGCUUGACAAUUGUGAGUGACAAUGUGAUUGGUCCUGGAAUUGGAGGUGGACCGGCCAUUAUUUUGGGGAAUUAUCAUCAGAGGAAUUUUUAUGUAGAGUUUGAUUUGGAGAAUGAGAGAUUUGGGUUUAAGCAACAAAGCUGUGUACGAAUUUGA